AUGAGUUCUUCAGAAGCUUUUGCUGAUAUUAAGUCUCCAGUGAGUAUUGAAUUCAAUAGGAAAGUAAUUUUGAGGAUACAGGAUAUUACUUCACUCGUUUACGGUUGUGGUGCAGGCAUUCUUCAAUUAGAAAGUCUUCAAGGGUUUGGACUAUUUGCCAUUUCAUAUAUUUCUGUUGCAUUCGUUUUCUUCGCAUGGUUUUGCCACUUUCAACCAGGAAAGUAUUUCCAGAGCCCAGUUCAGGAAGUAUUGAUAGAUUCGCUUUUCAGAGAGUUAGCUGGGUUUGUGAUGGCGUGGACGUUUGUUUAUGCACUACUAGGAUGA